AUGGCAACGACGACGAACGGAAUCAAUGGCCACCACCCAAAUGGCGUGCACACUGCAGCGUCGUCCAAAGACUUCUCGUCGUUCAAGGUGAAUCAAAGCCGACUAAUGGACCACAUUCACGAUGGCUGCCAAUUCGGCGCUGCCUGGAAAUAUGGGGAUGACCCUACAGAGACAGGCAUGGCUCGCCUAGCCCUCAACGACGCCGACAAGGCAGUCCGCCAGUGGUUCACCACCAAAGCAGAGUCUAUGGGUUGCACUGUCACAGUCGAUGAGAUGGGCAACCAGUUCGCCGUUCGGCAGGGGAAGAACGCUUCCGCGCCGCCCGUUAUGAUGGGAUCUCACCUCGAUGCUGAUUCCAAUGCCCCGCAGACUCAACCAACCGGCGGUCGGUACGACGGCAUUCUUGGCGUCAACGCCGGCCUCGAAGUCCUGCGCGUGCUUGAGGACAACAAAUAUGUCUCCGAAGGCAACAUCGGCGUAGUGAACUGGACUAACGAAGAGGGUGCGCGCUUCCCCAUGAUGGCCGUCAGCUCCGGCGUAUGGGCAGGCGCAGUGUCACUCGAGAAAGCCUGGAACUUGGCAGAGGUGAGUGCCGGUGAGGACGGAAACAAGAAGACGAUGAAGCAGGAGUUGGAGCGGAUUGGUUACUUGGGGCCAGUAAAGUGUGACCAUUCAGAGAACCCGUUUGCGGCACACUUCGAGUUGCACAUUGAGCAGGGCCCCAUCCUCGAGGCGGAGAAGAGGAGGGUAGGUGUCGUGAAGGGCGUGCAGGCUUUCAAGUGGUUCGAGAUCGAGGUCUCGGGGAGGGACACGCACGCCGGCACCACGCCGUUCUAUGCACGCAAGGACUCGAUGCUGUGCGCCGCGAAAAUGAUUGUUGAGUCGAACAGGAUCGCGAAAGCGGCUGGUGGCCUUGCCACGACAGGUAUACUGACUCAGGAGCCUGGCAGCAUAAACACAAUGGCACAUACUGUCCAUUUCACGCUCGACAUCCGGCACGUGGAAGACGCAGUUCUCGAGACCAUUCGAAAGGAAUGUGAGACGGCAUUUGCGAAGAUAGCCAAAGACGACAGCGAAGCAGGUUGCAAAGUCGAGUGGAAGGAACUGGUGGACAGUCCUGCGGUCAAGUUCCACGAGGAUUGCAUCAAGGCCGUGGAAGAAGCCGCGGAAGAAGUCUGUUCGGAUCUGCCGAAGACGGCCACUGACGGAGGGAGCUUGUGGAAGCAUAUGAUCAGUGGAGCGGGACACGACUCAUGUUAUACGAACCGCAGGUGUCCGACGAGCAUGAUUUUUGCCGUUACUAAGGAUGGCAUCUCGCAUAAUCCAGUCGAGUACUGUAGUCCGGAGGACUGUGCGGUCGGGACGCAGGUAUUGCUUGGGGCUGUCCUGAGGUUCGACAAGCGGAGGAAGUUCUAG